CCUUUGUUUCCGUUGUCACUUUUGACUUUCAACAAAUUUCAACCCCUAAUAUUGUUCAAAAUUAUUUGUGUUCUUUACCUUCCUUGAAAGAUUCCCACCAAGACGCAGAAGUACGAUGAGAUGCAGGAUGCAGAAACCGGAAAAGGGCGGUGUAUGAGUAUGCAGGCCAUGCAGACGUUGUACGAUUUGAGGGAGAACAACCAGUUAUGCGACGCGAUUAUAGUCCUUGACGACGGGACCGAAAUCCCCAUCCACAGAGCCCUCCUGUGUGCCUGCAGCAACUACUUCAAAGCCGCUUUUACGACUCUCCUACACAACAAAAACGAGACCAAAGURCAAAUACCAGGCGUCAGCUCGGAAAUGAUGCACAUUUUAAUCAAUUAUGCCUAUUUGCGGAAACUAGACUUGAACAAGAAUAACGUUUUUGAUGUUUUGAUCACCGCCGAUUAUUUGAGUAUGUUGGGUGCUUUGGAAAUGUGUUGUAAAUAUUUGGAAAACAUUCUCAAUGGCAAAAACUGCAUCGGAAUUUUACUUUUCGCCCGAAACCACUUCUGUACUGAUCUUGCACAAGCCUGUUGGCGCUACAUCAUGAAGAAUUUCAUUCAAAUCGCACAGCAAAGCGAYGAACUUUUAAUGUUAUCAUUGAAGGAUUUUCAAGAAAUCAUCAAUGCRGAUAAUCUCAAUGUGAAAAGCGAGGAAAUCGUUUGGGAAACGAUUCUCAAAUGGAUCGAUUACGAUCCGGAGCAAAGAAAAGGACAUAUUGUUACCUUGAUGAAAUGUAUCAGACUCGGUUUGCUGGAAACUCAGUUCUUCAUGGAAAAAGUCAAGGAUCACCCGUACGUCACAUCCUGCGAAGAAAGUAGACCUAUGGUCAUCGAAACUUUGAAAUUCUUAUACGAUCUUGAACGAAUCAUGCACAAAAAUGGUGAAGUGGUCACCCCCGAAAUCGCGCGCCCCCGCCUGCCCCACGAGGUCCUUUUCGCCAUCGGCGGCUGGAGCGGUGGUUCGCCCACCAACUACAUCGAAACCUACGACACGCGAGCCGACCGAUGGGUGAAAAUCGAAGAAGUCGACCCUGCUGGACCUAGAGCCUACCAUGGAACCGCCGUUGUCGGUUACAACAUUUACGUAAUUGGCGGAUUCGACGGAAUGGAUUAUUUCAACUCGUGUCGAUGUUUCGACCCCGUGAAGAAAAUCUGGAAGGAGAUCGCCCCCAUGCAUGCCAGACGAUGUUACGUCAGUACAGCCGUUUUGAAUAACAUUAUCUAUGCCAUGGGUGGAUACGACGGCCACCAUAGACAAAACACGGCCGAGAAAUAUGAUUACAAGACCAAUCAAUGGUCGUUGAUUGCCUCUAUGAAUAUGCAAAGGUCUGAUGCGAGCGCUUGCAACCUUAAUAACAAGAUCUACAUCACUGGCGGUUUCAACGGGCAAGAAUGCAUGCACUCGGCCGAAGUCUACGACCCGGAAUUGAACCAAUGGACCCUAAUAAGCGCCAUGCGAUCCCGCCGUUCCGGAGUCUCGUGCAUCGCCUACCACGACUACGUCUACGUAAUCGGCGGUUUCAACGGUAUAUCCCGGAUGUGCAGCGGCGAGAAAUACAACCCUCAGACCAACACCUGGACUCCCGUUCCCGACAUGUACAACCCUCGAAGCAACUUCGCCAUCGAAGUAAUCGACGAUAUGAUUUUUGCCAUCGGGGGCUUCAACGGCGUAACCACCAUCUACCACGUGGAGUGUUACGACGAGAAGACCAACGAGUGGUACGAAGCCACCGAUAUGAAUAUAUACAGGUCGGCCCUUUCGGCGUGUGUGGUGGACGGGUUGCCCAACAUCGAGGAUUAUAUCCACAAACAUAGGGACAAGUUGAUGGAGGAGAAGAGGCAGAAAAUGAUCGCGUUAGAGAGCCAGAGACAAGGAACGUUGAAUAAUAUACCAACUCCGCCAAAUCCGCCUAACCCGCCAAUUCCGCCGAAUCCGCCCGAGAAUGUGAUAACAGCAGCUCAUGGAAACUUGCAACAGUUGAAUAUUUUGCAACAGCUGAAUAACAACAACGAUAAUAAUCAAGUAGUGGCGGUGGCGCAAGAUCCGGCCCUCUUGAUGGAGAUGGACGAAGCGGAUAAUGAUGGGCAGUAGUUGUGUCACUUGCUAUAUGUUUCGAUUCUUGGAUGGAAGGUAUUUUAUUCUCCAUGAACUAUGAUGUGACCGUCUGUUUGAGAUCUAGUUACUAUCAAAUGUACUAUAAGUAUAGAUAUCAUUUUAUUUUAUUUAUACACAUCUUUAUACAUUAAUAUAACAUUUUAUUGAGA